AUUGUCGAAUGGUAGUAUUUCAAAGUUACUAUAGAAUCGAUAAAGAAGUCACGAAUUCAGAAUGAAAGCCAGUCAUAAACAGCUUAUUUAUCUUCCUAAUAAUUGUUCGUCUCGAUUAAUCGCAACAUACGAAAAAUCAUUCUAAAGUUUUGCUUGCAGAUGAUCAAUGUUGGAAGAAUGGUAUUGUCGCUCAAUUGCAAACAACAAUGCAGAUGCAGAGGACGAUGACGAUGAUAGUCCAGAGGAGGAAGUACCUAACUAUAAGGAUCAGUAUCGAAAUCUUAAGAGAAAAUUAAAAUUUUUAAUUUAUGAAAAUGAAUGUUUUCAAGAAGCUUUGAGAUCUACACAAAGAAAAUUACUUAAAGUAAAUAGGGACAAGAGUUUUUUAUUAGAUCGAUUAUUACAAUAUGAGAAGGUAGAUGCCUCAUUCAGUGAAAGUGAUGAAACUGAAUCAUCUGAUGAAGAAGUUACCCGCCUUGAUACUUCAAAAAGAAAAAAGAUAGAAAUGGGAAUUAGUAAUCAUACACCACAUCAUAUGCCAACAGUGACAAAGUCUCAACUCAACACAAGCAAAAAGAAAAAACCUACUCCAAAAGUAACAAAAUCAAACAGCACACCUAUAGUACAAUCAUCAAAUAAUGUAGUACCAAUGUCUUUGAUGUCAGAUGGCCAUAUGACACCAGAAGAAGUAGAAAGACAUCUAGAGUCUCGACAGACUUAUUUGGAACUAGUACCAGAGAAAGCACCACCUACUGUCCCAACUGAAAUGUUCAGCAAUGACCCUUCAUUAGAUAGCGAGUCUAACGAAAUCGGAGAAUUAGAAACGUCCCCAAGUAAUAUAGGUGAAGACUGCCCCAGUGUGGAUAUGAUGGCCGAGUGACAAACAUUUAUUCCUAGUUUAGUGAUUAAUUACAAACUGCACAUAUAAUUACUUAUCUCAUUAAUAUUACUUUACUUGACUAACUGUAUUCUUCGUAAUGUAAUACAAGUUUUUAUACAUGUAA